UGCAUUUUUGUUCCCCAGUUCCUACACUGUGUGUGUUCAAUGGCACGUCUGUUUCGUUCCCUCAGAAAAACCCUAACCCUAACACACCAAUUUCAGCUUCAGCAGCAGCAAUUACGAAUUUGUCCCCAGCUAUUCCGGAGAACUUACAUCUCCGACAUGAGCAAAUCAGCUUUCGAGGGAAACAUUUUGAGACUUCUCCGCAACGAGAUUCAGUACGAGCUCCAAUCUUCUCCUCCCAACCAUCCUGUUGCCAAGUUUAAUUCCUUUGUUGUGGAUGGUCGACCUGGGGAGCGAUGGAUUACAUUGAAGAGACACUAUGCAGAUGAAGACAUUAAAAUUGAAGUCACCAUGUUUGAUGGAGCUGUUCCUGCUCCAAGAGAAAAUGGUGAUGAGGCUAAUUCAGAUGAAAUGCAGAUGCACAUUACCUUAAUUGUCAACAUCUCCAAAGGAGAUGGCGGCGUGCUGGAAAUCACGUGUUCUGCUUGGCCAGACAGUAUAGAAAUAACAAAGCUGUUCAUUCGUGCGAACGAUAAGAUGCUAGCUGAGCCCUAUUUUGGUCCUGAAUUCAGGGAAUUGGAUGAUGAUUUGCAAGAUAGCCUUUAUGAUUUCUUGGAAGUAAGGGGUAUAAAUGAUGCACUUGCCAUUUUCUUGCAUCAGUACAUGAAACACAAGGAUAAAGCAGAAUUUGUAAGAUGGAUGGAAAGGGUUAAAUCUUUUAUUGAAAGGAAAUGAGAGCAUUGAAAUUUUAAUGUUCUGGAUUAGAUAAGUCAUUAAAUCAAUUUCCUUAUGUAUUUUGCAAGGAAGUCUUAAUCCAAGCGGGAAUACAUUUUUGUUUAUUGUUGACCGUUGCUUUAAAUUUGUAGUUAGUGUUGG